GAUUAAUAUCUGAAGCUUAAACCAAUAUAAUUUUUUUUGAUUAGAAUUAUAUAUAUAUAUAUAUAGUUAUUCAAAAUAUAUAUAGAUAAGAGAAAUACAAUAAAACAAAAAAGGAAAGGGAAUAAAAUAAAUAAGGCUAGAUAGAGAUUUAGUUAAUUUAUUAUAAACAAGUCAAAUAAAUAAAUGGGUUCUUAAAGUUCGAAACUAGUUAGUGAAUCCUAAUAAAAAAAGGAGCAUAUUGUGUAGCUUUCUGGAUAGUCAUCUGGAUAGGCUAAUAACAGCUUAAACUAUAUGAGGAAAGAGCAGCAGAAAUUGGUCAAUACUCUUUUUAAGUGGAACUUUGGCGGAAAUACAGUUUAUGUUACAGGAACAUUCUCUAACUGGGUUAACCACAUUUAGCUUUAAAAAUAGGGAUAAGAGUUCAGUAUUUGUGUUCGCUUACCUCCUGGAUUACAUUAGUAUAAAUUUAUAGUAGAUGGAGAGUGGCGUUUUUCUCCUGAAGAUAACUAAACAACUGAUGAAAAUGGAAAUAUAAAUAAUAUAAUAGAUACAACCAAUUAUAAAAACACUGAUAAUUUAUAUUUGCCAGAAUCUCAUGGAAGACCUGUUCCUCCUAUUGAACAUAGAGAUAGAGAAAGAAAGGACACAUCUUUUGAUGAAUAAGAUUUUGACAAGCUAAGUGUAGGAGGAUAAGGUCAUUACAAAACUCCUGCUUACAAUAACCCGAUGACUUAGAAAAAUACUAUGGAAUUGCAAGGAGAAAAAUAUUUUACUAAUGUGACAUCUCGUCCAACAACAUUACCUGAAUAUAGUUUUAAAGAUAAAGCACCUAUAUGUCCUCCUCAUCUUAAGGAUGUAUAUUUUUUAAGAUAAAAAGAAAGGAAGCAUUUGAAUGCAUGGAAAACUCGCACAAUUAAUGAAAAUAUGCCUCCAGAAGAAGUCGAAAAAUAAAAAAGGAUUGAAAAAAAUGAAAUAUUUAUACACAUUUUUGAUAACGACAGAUCUUUAGCUCCUCCACAGCAUGUUACAACGAAACAUGUUGGAAUAAAAAGUAAAAAAAACCCCUAAUAUAAUGUAUUUUGUAUAACUUAAAGAUUCAAAUAAAAAUAUACAACUUUCAAGUUCUACACAAAUUAAAUAGUAGACGGAUCUGAAAAGCUAUUUAUUGCUUGA